AUGGAGGAGGAGGAGGAGGAGGGAGAACGCCCCUGGACGACGGUUCGGCGUCAAAGGGGGCGCGGGACCCAGUACCAGGUAGAACCCAGACCUCACUUUGGUGGGGAAACUCCGUGGCCCAAAAGAACGAGGGGCCCCUCGUAUGCCGAAGUCACAGCCGGCACCCGCCGUCCCCCUCCACCUUCCUUUCGGCGCGGCGAGAUGGAGGACCAGAGGGGACAGCGGAACCGAAGCAGAGGCCGAAAUGGACCGGUAAACAUUCUCCCCCUCAUUACUACUUCCACAAUUUAUUUCAAUUACUUCAUUAAAAAUAAUUACAAACAAAAGGUCAACCCCAAUCAACCCUACCAGGACAUACGGAUCAUUACAGCCUUCAGAAAGAACAAGAAUCUUAAAGACCACCUCGUCCGCGCCAUCAUUCCCAAACAAUAUCCGGACAAAAGAGAAAUCAAUCACAACUACUUCAAACAACAACAUUGGAUUAAGAAUCACUGGACUGGAGAAAUAUUUCGGACACCCAUACAUGGCAAUAUUGACACUACAAACUGUAUUUAUGUAAUUCUGUGCAAUAACUGUAAUUUAAAAUAUGUAGGGGACACAGGGCGCACCGUCAGAGCCAGAAUCUACACACACAAACAAAACAUCAUCCACAAGAAAAACACACAGACACCUCGUCAAACACAUCCUGUCACAUGGGUGGGAGGCCAUCAAGGUUUCCAUUCUUCAGUCAAACCCCCAUUGGACCAUCAAACAAAGAAAAUACAACGAAAGACUCUGGAUCACAAAACUCAAAACCACUUACCCCCAUGGCCUUAA